AAUGCAUUCAAGGUAUAAAAAGAUUUCUGCAAUGCACUGAAAGUAUUAGUCCUAAAAAUGAAAGUAUUGUGGUGCUUAGCUCUUGGCUGUUUAGCGGUUUCCGCCUCUGUUUUCGAUGAGGAUGAAACUCGCAUACAUGGCGAAAAUGGCUGGUAUGUGCCCCAAGAAGAUGGCACUUUUCAAUGGGUAGACAGGCAAGUUGCCGAGUCCUAUCUCGAAGCCAUGGAAAAUAUCAAUGAUUUUGGUUUGACCACCAAUCCGGUUAAAUACUAUUUGUAUACCAAAACGAAUCCCACUAAGGGUCAAAGGAUUACAGCCAAUGAAAAAUCCAUAAAAGAAUCAAACUUUAAUCCUGCCCAUCCCACCAGAUUUGUAAUACACGGCUGGAACCAAAGCCGCCUGUCAGGAAUGAAUAAGAAUAUAUGCAAUGCCUGGUUGAGUGUGGGUUUCUACAACAUUAUUGUCGUCGACUGGGCUCGAGCUCGUUCUGUUGAAUAUGUCACCUCUGUUUUGGCUGUUCCCAAGGUUGGUGCAAAGGUGGCCGGUAUGAUUGAUUACUUGGUGGAAAACCACGGCAUGUCUUUGGAUAACUUGUAUGUGAUUGGUCACAGUUUGGGUGCUCAUGUUGCUGGUUAUGCUGGCAAGAAUGUUAAAACUGGUGAUAUUCACGCCAUUGUUGGUUUGGAUCCUGCAUUGCCAUUGUUCAGCUAUGAUAAGCCUGAGGAACGUCUAUGCAGUACCGAUGCUUUCUAUGUGGAAUCCAUUCAAACCGAUGGAGGUGGUUUGGGUUUUUUGAAACCCAUUGGCAAGGGUGCAUUCUAUCCCAAUGGUGGCAAGUCUCAACCUGGUUGUCCUUUGGAUAUUACUGGUGCCUGUGCUCAUGCUCGUUCUGUUAAAUACUAUGCUGAAGCUGUUGCUGAGGAUAAUUUUGCCACCAUGAAGUGUGACAAUUACCAGGAUGCUGUGGCCAAAGAUUGUGGUACCAAAUUUAGCUCUGUACGCAUGGGUGCUGAUAAAAAUGCCUUCAUGGUUGCUGGUGACUUCUAUGUACCAGUGAACAGGAAGGCUCCUUUUGGUGUGUUGGCUUAAUUUGUUUUUA